AUGGCAAAUGAACCAGUGAUUCUGAAUGUGUAUGACAUGUACUGGAUAAAUGAAUACACCUCCACCUUGGGGAUUGGUGUCUUCCACUCGGGCAUCGAGAUCUACGGCAGAGAGUUUGCCUACGGAGGGCAUCCCUAUCCUUUCAGUGGGAUUUUUGAGAUCACCCCUGGCAGUGCAGUAGAACUUGGCGAGACCUUUAAAUUCAAAGAAUCCAUUGCCUUGGGCACUACAGACUUCACAGAAGAGGACGUGGAUAAGAUUAUGGAAGAGCUGGGCAAGGAGUACAAAGGCAACGCCUACCACCUGAUGCACAAGAACUGUAAUCACUUCUCUGCUGCUCUGGCUGAGAUCCUGUGUGGGAAAGAGAUCCCCCGCUGGGUGAACCGCCUGGCCUACUUCAGCUCCUGCAUCCCCUUCCUCCAGAGCUGCCUCCCCAAGGAGUGGCUGACCCCAGCAGCCCUGCAGAGCCACAUCAGCCUCGGCCUCCACAAGGAGGAGCAGGGGGACACAACAGAUGAGGAGUCCCCCUCUACCUCCACGGCCCCCUCAGCCUCAGGCACCUCACGAACCUGCCGGCACACCCGGGUCUGAACUGUGCCCUCAAAUAACAUCCUCCUCCUCUCUUGUACUAUUGCUUUCUAACACAUUUUUGCACACCUUCAUUUCUCCUCCUCUUCACCGGACAAUGCAGGGGAGGGAAAACUCUUUCUACUAAGGAGGUGAAACUUCAGUCCCUUUACCAGGGACUGGCACUACAGCUGCUCAGCAAAAUGACUGUGAACCCCAACACUGAACUGGGGAGCGUG